AUGCGAGCGCUGACAACUGGCUCGUUUCGCUUGGUCCUUCGGUCGAGUCGGAAGCCAUGUGAAUCUAUCAUUUAUUCUGGAAAGGCGCAGCUUUCGACCGCCUCGCCCACUUUCAAGGAUGAGACAGUCGCGACCCCAGUUGGGAACAAUGGACUCGUGUCACUACGCAUUACGCGAUCAACUGUGCCAGAUGAGGAUACACAUUCUCAACCCAAGGCGACAAAACACAAUUUGAUCCUGUAUCUCCCACCAGGGCCAUUGUUUCAUAACAAGGCUGUAGGCUCAGAUAAAGCUGUUGAAUCACAGGGAGAUGUGAUUGCUUAUGAUAGAAAUGCCACUGUUCCUUCGCUCCAACAUGCCCUAGCCUCUGCGACAGCUGCUACAGUGGUGACUGUCGAGUACCGCCUUGGCCAAGUAGGCGGGGACAAUGCUUCCGCUAAAGAGACUCUUCUGAGCUCGCAAGAGUCCCACUCGCCAUCAAAUGAAUCAUCGCCCCCGCGAAAGACCGAUUCGAUCUUAUACCAGUACCCCACCCCUGUCCACGACACGCUGGCGGGCUUUGAUUGGAUCCAAACUCAUCUAAAGCCGAAGCAGCUGGGAAUUUUCGGCUCACAUAUCGGUGGAUCUCUAGCAUUGAUGCUAGCGCUCACCGAAGCACAAUCAGUGAAUGCAGUUGCUGCGUCGGUUCCUAUCUGUGACUGGCCAGGCCUAGAUGACUACUGCACGACUCAUGACGCAGCAAUGUUAGAGCGAACCAAAAAGAGACCGAAGAAGAAAACAUCCAAAUCAGUGGCGCCGCCAGACCUAGUACCACUCCUCGAGGCACGGAAGAGAUUUUUCUCUCCAUUUGAACGCUGCUUCGAUUCAUUUGCCUCGCCCAUAUUAUUCCUUCGAUCUGCCGGUCGAGACGUCCCGAGAGAAUUCCCAGAGUAUCUCACUGGCCCUGAAUAUCCGGUCCCGGUCCUCAAAGAUAAGAAGAACACGACCUCAGCGGAACAGCAAGUUGCUUAUGGGGGCCCAUUUGAGACAGAUGCAUACCCUACGUAUUAUGAAGAUGAUGUCGGUCAGAACCUAACUAAGACGCGCCGCCGGAAGGCCAUGUCUCGCUGGCCCCCAUAUGGACUAGACUAUGGGAGCAGUGGGAAUACCUGGUCUCAGCCUGGGCACGGAGUUCAUCGUCUACAAGUUGCAUUGCCAUGGGUGCGAAUCUUUUCCCAAAUGGAUGGCUUGGCCGCGAAAGACGGAAUGACAGGGGCUGAAUGCACUGUGCUGUCUCGUCAGAGCGAGGAAAUGGUUUCUGCGAUGCGACGAGCGUGCUUUUUCGGUCGCGAGAACGGAUUCGCCGAACGGAGAGUUACAUUGUCACAAGGGAAUACCAACCUUGGACUUGACGCUGGGAAGUGGUUUAAUGAUAUAUUCCGAGGAUUGGUGAAGGAGGAAUAG